AUGACUGGGACAGCGAGGAGAGUAUCGACUUGCCGAGGAUGUGAUCAUCAUCUCAAUCAACCAAUACAACUUAAUAGCGGCGACUGCACCAGUCUUCCAGUUGGAUAUUACCUCUUUCUUCAAACAACUUCACCGGCGGUGGCUCCUGUACUACCUCCUCGGCUCUCGUCGCAGGUGCGGCUGCAGAUCAAGCUUUUACACUACUACUACACAUUUGAUCUUUUUAUUUGCGCAACAGAUGAAAAGGAUGUGCUGCUGCAUGUGGUUGCGCUGCAAUGUCGCUACUUGUGGCGUAACCUACAGUGCUGA